AUGUCCAACGAGAUAGACCACGCCUUUCCCAACCCACCCCACGCACCCGAGCCCUCACCCCAGCACUUCCUAGACGCCCUGCACCCAUACGCACCCCUCCCCAGCACCCUCAACACCCCGGGGAAGGCAGUGAGCAGCCCCCACCCCCAUGCUGUCAAGGUGGCUCCUCCCCCUGGAUUCAAGAACAGUGAUGGGAAAAGUAAUGACAGUGAAACAGGACCUUCAGAUCGUUUCGCCGGCUGGAGUGACAGUGAGGCAAUGGUGGGGCGCCCCGAGGAGGUGGUGAGGGAGUUUGAGGAGUGGAGUGGUAGUAGUGACGUGGUAGUGGGCAAUCAAGAGCCGGUGGAGGAUAUUUACGUCUCGUGGAGUGACGCAGAGAUGGUUGUGAGUGAUCAGCGUGUUCCAGGCGAUAGAUUUGCUGGAUGGAGUGACAUUGGAGUGACUGGAAACGCACAAGACAUUCCAGAUGACAGAUUUGCUUCCUGGAAUGACGCUGGAAUGACUGAAAAUGCCCAAGACACUCCAGAUGACAGAUUUGCUGGAUGGAGUGACUUUGCAGUGAUUGAAACCACCAAAGAUACUCCAGAUGACAGAUUUGCUUCCUGGAAUGACGCUGGAAUGACUGAAAAUGCCCAAGACACUCCAGAUGACAGAUUUGCUUCCUGGAAUGACGCUGGAAUGGCUGAGAAACACGAGGAGGCAAGCUGGAAUGACGCUAGAAUGAGUGAAAGCCUCCUGAACGCUCCAGUGAACACUCAAACAGUCUGGAGUGAGAGCAGAGGAUUGGAAGAAGAGGCGAACAAUAACAGACAGGGAUGGAGUGACAGGCGAACCUCAGAGACCAGAAUAGGAGGUGGACAGGACGCGCACAGCCAGGCAAGGACCGAAUCAGACAGGCAGACAGACAGAUACGCUUCCUGGAGUGACAGUGAGGCUGGAAUGGACACGGAGGAGGGUAAAGAAAACGUGAAACCAGCUGGAAUAGAACCAUCUGCCAAUUUUGAGCCUCUGAUGAUGGAAAGCCGCUUUGUUGUGAGCCGAGUGCCGCCCCCCCGCGCCGUUCAGAGCACUAACAGAAGAAAUGUUCCUCCUCCUCUUCCUCUUCCUCUUCCUCUUCUUGUUCAUUGA